GCAGUUUCUUUUUCAAAAUAUUUUUUUGGGACGUAGAAAGGGGCAUUCACACGACCUUGUUGAAAUGAAGUGUGAGAGUAGUGGUUCCUAGAUCAAAGUUUUUCUUAAGCAAACACGUUUAUCAUGUUUAAUUUGAAAUAAAGCUUUUAAUGUGAGGCCAUAUCGAAUGCACUUAAAAGUCUGCAUCAGAGGGCAUGUCACGGGUACAUUUUAUCUCUCUCGUUUAGUCCACCCUACCACCUCCCCACCCCCAUACUUUGAGCUACAUAAUUAUCACGUUGUGGCUGAUACGCCAUUGCUUUUAACAUUAUCAAGAAAUAUGAGACGCAGACAGAAAACUGGUGAAAUUGAAAGGUUUUUUCUUCAGUCACGCAGUCGACUGGUGAAGUUUUGUGUGGUCUCAGGGGCGGUAACUCUGGUGUCAUUCCUGGCCUACUACUACACGCCUGUACAUGAGUUUGAACUGUAUUCCAGCACAAAAAGGUCACAAAAUGUCGACGAGCCACAAGACCUCGUAACAACAAUGACCGCCACAUUGACCAACAUGUUACAGGAAUCCACUGCCAUGAAGCCACACAAUGUUACAGCUGAUUGUGACAAUAUAUGGAAUCCCUGCCAUCCAAGAACCUGCUCGAAGUCUAUAAGUCAAAGUCCUGAAGAGAGAAUACGAGAUUUACUAUCGCCUAAACUGACCCUAAAUGACCAAGAUCGCCAGCUAAUAUCUUACUUAGCAUACUUGAUACCGGAAAAUGACGUUAUAUUCGCCACCGGAACGUCCAGUAGUCACUAUGAUGAGACGCAGGCAAUGGUUCACAGUCUUCACACAGUUGUCUACCCUAGAGUUCAGAACAUGAGUUUUGUUUUGUUGGAUCUAGGACUGACACCGGAACAGAGGCAAAAAACUGAAAAGUCGUGUCGAUGUCAAGUGAUCUCAUUCCCAUUCGGCAAAGUGCCCAGCUAUUUCAGAGAGUUGAGCUUUUGUGCCUGGAAGCCAGUACUGAUUAUGGCUUGCAUGAUGAAAGCGAGGAAAUCAGUCGUGUACCAAGACGCUUCUAUUUACUGGAAAGACACGAUUGUUGACUUUCUAGACAGGGGAGACAAACUUGGUCUACAAAUAUGGGGAGGUAAAGACAUGCACAACAUCCCUGUGACCACAUUGAAGGGAACGUUUGACUUCUUUGGGGAAGAGCCUUGUGCCUACCUGAACUAUACGUCCCUCCAGGCUGGAAUCAAUGUAUUUAAACAAACACCUUUUGUAGUUAGAACUAUACUGGAACCUUGGGCAAAAUGUGCUCUAGAACCUGAUUGUAUAUGCCCAGGAUGUACAAAAAACCACCUCAAUUGUUUCAAACCUAAAAAAGAAAUACACAUUUGUCAUAGAUUUGACCAAUCAGUGUUGUCCAUCAUAACGACCAAAUUGUUUUCAUACGAACGUUACAGAUUCCACAUGCCAGAAAGCGACUUGAAUGAUGGCAGAUACGUGAACAUUAACAGAGGACAGAAAAAACCAAACUACUUUAACUAACCCUAUUAGAUUUACAUUUAUUAUAUUUAUUAUAUUACAAUGUUGUAUGAAAUUGAAUGUAUGUACUUUAUAUAUAAUAUACAACACAUACUCUCACCAUUGGCGGAUUCAGUGGGGGGGGGGCGGUAGGGGCAAUCGCCCCCCCCCCCACUCGGCCGAAUUGGGAUGGACGAAUUUUAGUAAGGAAAUCACACAAUUUCGCACGAAUUAAUUAGUUAUGUUAGUAUUAUAUAUUAAUUAUUUAUAUUUUAACCUAUUUUAAAUUAUUUCGCCCCCCUUCUAGUAUGUUGACCGAUUUGGUGGGAUGGGAAGGUGGCGAUGGCAUCAAUCCCGGCCCCCGCCACCACUAUAAACUUUCGAGUGGGGGGGGGGGCAGUCCAAUUUUUUUGUAAAAAUCACCGCCUGUUAACAGAAUAAAUUAAAUAUCUAUAUAAUUAAAACUUGUUAUUGAUAUUUUAACCGAUUUUUAUAUUAUGUCGUGCCCCUGUUAGCCGAUUGGGUGGGGGGGGGGCGAAUACAUUUACUGCCUGCCCCACCUGGGGGGUGGGGCGGUCCUACUUUUAUUUAGAAAUUAUAGUUUGUGAACAAAAUUAGUUGAAUCACUAUAUAAUUUUUAUAUUAUGUCGCCACACUUCUGGUAUCUUAACCGAUUGCGUGAGGGGAGGAGCGGUUGCUUCUACUGCCCUCCCCACUCUAGCUCUCUGAGUGUGUGGGGGGGGGCGGUCCAAUUUUUAUGGACGAUUCAUAGUUUGUGAUUAAAAUUAGUUUAAUAUCUAUUUAAUAAAAGGUUCAUAUGGAUGUUUUGACCUAUUUGUAUAUUAUGUCGCACACACACAAAUUUUAUCAUUAGUAAAUAUAAAAUGAAAAAGGGUUGUACCAGGUAGGAGGGGCGAUACAUGCAAUCGCUUUCCACCCAUCGGACAAACUAAUAUUUUUUUUCUUUUUGUAUUUUAGUUAAGAAAUUACAAAAUUUAAACAAAGUUGUCACUAAUAUAAUUAAUAUAUGCUGUAAAUUAAAUUCUUAUAUCAAGUCGCCCCAUCCACUAUUCUUUAAUGCCUAAUGCAAUCAUUAGCAGAAAUAAUAAAAAAAAAAAGGAGCGGUGAUUAACGCUUUCUCUGUACCGCCCUCUCCCCUUUCCAUAUGAAAACAUGACGUUUUAAAACAGAAUAAUCAAAUAUGGCGACAGAGUUUACCUUAGUUAUUUUAAGAAAGACUUUGUUUUGGAAAAUUUAGAAUUUACACAAAAUUUGUAAAAUGUUUGUAAAAUGUUUUACAUGUUUCGGAUGUUACGUCAGAGUUGAAGAUAGUUUACUUCCUAGUCCAAACCUCCCGCAGGACGACGGGGGAUGGGAGCGGGCAGAAUUUGAACCCUCGACCAUCGAUAAAUCCGAACGACAGUCCAGCGCGCAAACCACACGACCAGACAGCCAUCCUCGACCAGGCAGCCAUCCUGUUUUCAUUAUAAGAAUAACAACUGAGAUGAGUUCUGAACUCUAAUAUUAUUUUCCUUGUCAACUUUUUUCAACCUUUUCUCAUACUGAUAUUUUUCUAUUUUAAAACAAAUUUGGGACUAUAACUCACAAUAUAUACUUGAAUACUAAAAAUGCAACAAAAUUUAGAGUAGAACCUAUUUGGCCCACUUAAUUUCUCCUCCCACUUCCGAAAUUUUUUGUUUAAAGCUUUGAAUUAUAGUUCUGUAACAAAAGUUACAAACAUGCCUAUUGGACAAAAUGUAUCACUUACAAAUGAGCUUUUUUUUUAAAUAUUAUUUUUCGAUGUAGAUGUCAGGAGAUUGCGUUUCUGCAGUGAAGAAUGCAAGAAAACGCUUCUGGCGUCGGGGGUUCGCCUUCUGGACCCUACUUGGAGGGCUUACAGCGCUCCCCCAGAUCACCUAGCUGUCAAGAGAAAGGCCUAAACAUGGCUGUUUAUUAUUAUUAUUGAUAUUUUUUUUUUUUUUGUAUAACCUUUACGUUUUAAGGAUGUAUGCAAACGCGACAUGAAGCUCUUCAAAAUCGACACUAGCAGCUGGAAAAAGUUGCACUGGAUAGAUCCACAUGGAGAGAAAGCAUAAAGGAUAGGUCUCGGAUUGCAGAUGCCAUACACAACAGUAGCAGAAAGAAGGGUGAUAAUGCAACGGCGCCUGGUGAUCACAUAUCUUCAACCUGCGAUCGCAGCUGUGUAUCAAGUAUUGGCCUCUUUAGUCACACAAGAAGUUGCAAAGGGAAAAGAUCGUCUCUCGAGACGUAAAAUGCCACAAAGGCUGAUUUUUCGUAUAAUUUUUUUUCGGCGGCGAUCCUCAAAGUCUUAAUCUAAAUAUGUGGGCUAUGUUAUCUUUUCAAGGAACAAAUCGGUUGUAUUUGCAUUCUAGUAAGGGCCUGUAAAUUCAUAUUAUAAUAUUUUUCAAGUAAAACAUUAUUCAAAAUCUCCUUUUUUCAUAGGAUGAAUAAUGAGCUGUAGAUGUCAAGAGAAUGCGUUUCUGCAGUGAAGAAUGCAAUAAAACGCUUUUGGCGUCUGGGCUUUGCCCCGGACCCCACUGGGGGAGCUUACAAAGCUCCCCUGACCCCUAGAAAGGUCUCAACAUGCCUGGGAGUUGUUGUUUUUUCCGCCGAAGGUUGAGAAAAAAAAAUCUAAUAUAUAUAUAUAUAAACGCAUAAUAUUUAUGCUUAGCGUUAGGGUUUACUGGGCGUUAGGGUUAGAGUUUGGGAUUUGCCCCCUCCCACUCCAAAAUUCUGGAUCCGCCAGUGAUUCUCACAUAAUGUCGUGUAAAAGAAUUAUAUUUUUUCAUUGAUCUAAAACUCUGGCAACUUUUCUGGCCAAGACGUUUGAAAUAUUUAGACAGAGGACCUGUACUACUUCACCGUCCUGGUUGUUUAUGUUUGUGUUUACAAAGUUUUUAUAAAUUAGCUCCGUCUGUCUGUCUGGUAAAAAUUUUGUACACGUUAUUUCUCCCACUUCUUAUUCUCGGAUCAAUUUUAAUCUUUGCACAAUUACGUCACUGUUCCUAAGAAAAUAAAAUUCGCUAUAAAAUUUUUUUUUUUUUUUACAAAAACUAAUUAAUUAAAUAGAGAUAAUUGAUUAAUUUUGAUCGAUAUAAAAGGGAUAUAAAUCUUGCAGUAUUGAAACCUAUGGCUGCACAUGUGUAGUUGUUUCCUUUACAAAAGCCUUGUUUAACGUGGUUUUAGUAGCGUAGCUGAAUUAUACACAAGCGGGUUCCCUCCCCACCCCCACCCCCACCCCCAGCUUCCGUUGUAUCUAACAGCCUCGCGCUUUGAUCCCAAGUUCUUGUUGAUUCAUUAUAAGCACAUAAUUGUUUUUUGUAUUUCUUUUUUACGCUUCUAAGUUUGACGUUAAUAAAUAUUUCACAAUGUUCAAA